GAGAGAGAGAGAGAGAGAGAGAGAGAGGGUGAGGAAUGGAGGGAGAAGCGAUGUCGAUGGUGCUUGCGCGGGCGUCGGAGCUCCGGUUCAAGAUCAUCCAUUGCAUCGAUCGAUGCUGCAAGGACGCACAAGGCGCCGGCGAGAGUGGUGGAGGUGAAAGAGGGAUGGACGAUGACUACGAGGAUGAGGAGCAGGCGGAGAGUCUUGCUGGUAUCCGUGAUGCACUUGGGUCACUAGAACAUCAGCUCUCUGCUUUUCAGUCUUUGCAGCAGCAACAAAGUUAUGAGCGGGAAUCAACUCUAUCCCAGAUUAAUCGUAGCCGCAUGAUAUUGCUAAAAAAACUCAAGGAGUACAAAGGGGAGGACUUGGAAAUCAUUCAGGAGGCCCUGACCUUUGCUGGUGAAUCAAUAGAGUACGACGAGGACCUCAUCCUCCCUCCAUAUCCAAGCCACCUUCCCGAUUUGUUCGUCUUGGAUGAUCUCUACCAGUCAUCACACAGUAACUCCAAGAACAUUCUCUCUGAGAAUGCACUCACAGGCAAGCUAAAGAAGUUGGAUGAAUCAGAUGACAGCAGAGAAAGAAAACAUGGAUUUGGGUUCCGACAUUUUGUCGGAUUGGUUGCAAGAUCUGCCGUCACACUUGUUGGUAUCAUCUCCGUCCUGACUUUGGCUGGUGUUAAGCCAACCCUUGGCAAAAGGUGCACUCAAUUUAAAGUUCAGGAGCUCUUUGAACAGCCUUCUGUCGCAGAAGAGCCCGCGAGUGAAGUUUCCUUCCAGUGUCCACCUGGUAAAUUCCUGGUGAUAGAAGACGGCAAACCGCGCUGCCUCGUCAAAGAGAGGUUCGAAAUCCCUUUCGUUUCUAAUGUUUCUUCCCCAAACAUCAGCUAUGGUUUUGGAUGAAAACCCACUUGUUAUUUGUAAAUCCAUCUGUUUCUGUAGUUCUAUAAUCACCUCCUGGAUAUCUCUUAUAUGAGAACAAACCUUCUAUUUUUGCAUUCAAUCUAGUUUUGUGCCUAUUAGCUUGUACUAUACUGAGGAGAAAAUUUCUUAUUAAGUCCCUAUAUAAAUGUUGUUCUUCA